CCCUUCUUCAUUUCUCCUCCACUCCUUUCUUCUUCUCUGCCAUCGAUUCUUUCAGGAAAAGAAUGUUGAGUUCUACUUUUCUGCCAUCGCUGCUGCGUAUCUCUGGUAUCUCUAAGUUCUGCCCAUCGCUGCUGCUGCAUCAAGUCAUCGCAAAUGUUGAAGAGUUGUCGUCGCCGUCCUCCCUCUGUUGCCAGCACCAAUGAUCAUCCCAGUUUCUGUCGCUGCUUCGCCUGGUUGCUAUCGCUGGUCAUUUUUUCCUCCAUUUAAUAAUACAAAUGAAGUAAAUUCAUUUCCACAAGUAAAGAAUAAUCUUGCAGCUUUGCUGGCUUUAUGUUGGUAUUGGGCUUCUGAUGGAGCGGGAUCAAAGUUUUUUGUUCUUCUGGAAAUGGGAGCUACCCUCUUUGUGGACAUCAUCAUAUGUGGAAUUGCUCCAACUCAUAUCAGCCUCAUCUUCCAACAAACAUGAUGUGGCCAAACUCCCCAUCAUUUGUCAAUGGCUUGCAUAAUAAUCCCCCUAUGCAACUGCAUGGACUUCCUAGAGCAUCAUCUCAUAUGCUGAACAUAGUUCUACCAAUACAUCACCAUGUUGGAUCAGCACCAACUAUAGAAGCUUGACGAAGAACAUGGCUAUAGUCUUCAAUUGCCUUCAUUUAGAAAAUCUAAACAAUAAACUAAAAUAGGAUCAGCACCAUGCAUAAUAAUCACCAAUGUAGAAGCUUGAUGAAGAACGUGACUAUAGUCUUCGAUUGCUGCAAGGAUCCAACCACUAGUUAAUGCAGUGGACAAACUAGCAAACUUGGCAGGUUUCAAGCCAGUAGAAAGUGAGAAUUCCAAUCAGAGCCAACGCACCAAGGAACCUACUUCAGAAUGCCAAAAUCAUGAAGCCCUGAAGGUUCUUCAAUAGGUCUAGGUUCUAAAUGGUUAACUUAGCGGGGGUCUACCAUGUGUACCAACACAAGAGGAGAUUGUACCCUCUGAGAGAAGAAGAAGAAGAAGAAGAAGAAGAAGAAAGAAGAAACAGAGAAAAAAAACCCUGAAAUCUAUGUAUUGACAAGUAUUUUAUAUGAGACCAUAAACAAAAAAAGAAUGUAUGUGAAU